CUCCACGUCAUGUCAUUAGUGCCACCCUCAUCCUAACUGUACAGCUUUAGCCACAGCCUCUCUCUGUUCUUAGUACCUCAAGAAAGGAACCCAAACAAAAACGCCUGUCUCCGUUCUUAGUUCUUACACCUGGCAACAAAUCCCCCUUUCCCUCCUGGUUUUAUACACUUGGGCAAUUACUGCCUUCCCCCAUCAUUUGGCUGGAAUCCUGCGGAUCUGUACAUUGCUUGUUCCUGUGAUAUUCCUCAUCACAGGACAAAAACACCCUGUUCUUAUUCCCUAAUUAUUAUUUUCUGUCACCUGGUUCCUCCUUUUGGGGCCGUUCUUGCUUGCGGCACACAUCCCCUAUUAAUGCCUCCUCCUGUCCUUCUCAUGCUCAUGUUCUCGCGAUCAAUCUAGCCUUGGCUUGCCCCUUGCUGGCCUCUGCUCGUACAAGCAUCCACCACGGAGAAGAGAUUCUGAGCUCCUUCUGGUUACUGCUAGUUUGUUCCUCAGCUUCUUUUUUACUCUUCUUUUGAUUGGCUCUCUUGAUUCGAGAGGUUUUACCCGGGGUUUCAGUUACUGUGAGGAGGAGUUCUUGGCUGGGAUACCUUGCUCUGUUUUUUGCUUUUCUUUCCGACCCCCUUUUCCCAUGCCUGAAUUUGAGCCCUGUUCUUGGUAACUUCCCACUUGAUUCUUGGAAACGGCAAACGUCAAAUUUCACGUGUUCUCUGCCUCGCCAAUUAAUUCUUGUGCAUACAAAAGAAUCAGUGUUUUCUUCCUUUUUUUUCCGCAAAAAGGAAAUCGGUUUUUGAUCCUAAUUUUUACACCUACUAUAUAUUACCAAGACUGGCUUCAAGAGCAAAAUUGCCAUACUCUACUUCCCGACCUAUCUUGAACUUUGAUCGGUUCUUGAUCCAAGAAAUCAGAACCAAUCCACAACCCCAACAAAUCAGAACAAAUGGCUGCGGCGGCAGUGUCACUGCUGCUGAUGCUGUUGCCGGCGUUGUGCAUGAUGCCAUGGCCGGCGGCGGCGGUGGGCGUGAACUGGGGCACGCAGCUGAGCCACCCGCUGGCGGCGAGCACGAUGGUGCAGCUGCUCAAGGACAACGGAUUCGACAAGGUGAAGCUGUUCGACGCCGAGGAAGAAGCUCUGGCGGCGCUCAGAGGGUCCGGCAUCCAGGUCAUGGUCGGCAUCCCCAAUGACAUGCUGGCCGGCCUCGCCGCCAGCGGCAAGGCCGCCGAGGACUGGGUAGCCGCCAACGUCUCCAAGCACGUCAGCGACGGCGUCGACAUAAGGUUGGUGACCGUGGGGAAUGAGCCGUUCCUGGAGACAUUCAACGGGACGUACCUGAACACGACGUUCCCGGCGAUGCAGAGCGUCCAGGUGGCGCUGGCCAAGGCCGGCCUGAGCAACCGGGUCAAGGUGACUGUGGCGCUGAACGCCGACGUGUACCAGUCGGCGUCGGGGAAGCCGUCCAACGGCGACUUCCGCGCCGACAUCCUCGGCCUCAUGCUCUCCAUCGUCUCCUUCCUCGCGUCCAACGGCGCGCCCUUCGUCGCCAACGUGUACCCCUUCAUCAGCCUCUAUGCCGACGCCAACUUUCCCCUCGACUACGCCUUCUUCCAGGGCUCGUCGUCGCCGGUGGUCGACGACAACGGCGUCACGUACCAGAACACCUUCGACGCGAGCCACGACACGCUGGCGGCGGCGCUGAGCCGGAACGGGUUUGGCAAUGUCUCCAUUGUCGUCGGCGAGGUCGGUUGGCCGACUGACGGGGACGCCAACGCCAACCUUCAGCUCGCGCGGCAGUUCAACCAGGGGCUGCUCACCCGCAUCGCCUCCGGCAAGGGCACGCCGCUCCGGCCGGGCUCCGCCAUUGAUGCCUACCUCUUCAGCCUUGUAGACGAGGACCAGAAGAGCAUCCAGCCGGGGAACUUCGAGCGCCAUUGGGGCCUCUUCUACUACGACGGCAAGCCCAAGUACCCGCUCACCUUGCGCGGCGAUGGCGACGGCUCGUUCCUCUUGCCGGCGAGGGGCGUGGCAUACCUGAGCAGACGGUGGUGCGUGCUGAAGCCCGACGCCGACCUCGCCGACCAGAAGGUCGGCGACAGUGUGAGCUACGCCUGCGGCAACGCCGACUGCACCAGCCUCGGGUACAAGACCUCCUGCGCAGGGCUCGACGCCAGGGGCAAUGUCUCCUACGCCUUCAACAGCUACUACCAGCACGACGACCAGGACGACCGGGCAUGCGACUUCGACGGCCUCGCCACCACCACCACCGUCGACCCCUCCGCCGGGACGUGCCGCUUCAUCGUCGAGAUCGCCCCUACCAGCGCCGCCGCCGCUCCGGCGAGGGACGUUGCAGGCAGGGUGGCCUUCCUGCUCGUCUCAUUCUUGUUGCUGUGCGUGCUCUGAUUCUGAAUUUAGAGACUGUUUGUAGAUACUCUUUGUUAGUUGUCUGUCUUUAGCAGUUUCUCUUUUCCUGUAGCAUUCUGAGGGGAUUUCUUGAUAAAAAUAGUUGUUCAUCUCGAUGAUUGCUAAUGUGUUUUGCCCAUUAUAUGAUUAUUACUUGCAACCAAAGCAGAGUACAACUUGGUGUACAAUGAAAUAGUGCCUCCUAUGUGUAACACCUUGGUUUUGUAAUUUACUGCCGAAUAACAUUUAGCUUUGAUACAACUCAACCAGGUAAAUUAACCAGGAUGUAUACCUUUUCUGAA